UGAGUUAAAAAAAAAUCAAAAACCCUAAUCCUCUUUUGAGUUUUCCCUCUGCCGAUGUACGGAUCGGAGAAUAACCGCGAUGAUUCUGAGCGAACCGCUUUCAGAAGAGCAGAGAAGAAAUACAAGCUUUACUACGACAACAAUGCAUCUUCCAAGAACAAAAAGAAAAAACAACCUAAACCAGUGGAUUUAACGGAGGUUCUUGACUUCAGAUCUAUUCUAGAAUGCUAUCUUCAAAGCGGUGCACUUCCUCCGGGUGUUAUUGUUCUCCACGAGAACUUCACCUCUCCGGUUUUCUCUUUGCAAAAUCGCCCAGGCUUUUAUUUUAUUCCUGGAGCAUUAACCAUUGAGGAACAGUGUAGUUUGAUAAAGGAGAGUUUGACUGAUUUUCCGCAGCCCCCUAACAGAACAAAUCACAAUGCCAUGUAUGGUCCAAUUCAGGAUGUUUUUGGUGCUGCUAAGGAAGGGAAAGUUUUGGUCGAAGACAACUCUCCAAUUUCUUCAUCAGAAACUGGUGCUGAUAUAGAUAAUGGAGAUUGUAAGGAAUGGAAAUUUACUACCCAAAAGGAAGCGUCUUUGAGAAAGUGCAAAUCCGUUUCUGCUUCUGCGUUGCUUCGGAAGUUACGAUGGAGCACCCUGGGCCUGCAGUUUGAUUGGUCCAAGCGGAAUUACGAUAUGUCUCUCCCACAUAACAAAAUCCCUGAACCACUGUGUGAACUUGCCAAACAAUUGGCCAAGCCUGCUUUACCUGCUGGUGUUGAAUUCAGACCUGAAGCUGCAAUUGUGAAUUACUUUGGUUCAGGGGACACGCUGGGUGGUCACCUUGAUGACAUGGAAGCAGAUUGGAGCAAGCCUAUAGUUAGUUUAAGUCUGUGUUGCAAGGCUAUAUUUCUUUUGGGAGGAAAAUCCAGAGAGGAUACUCCUCUGGCAAUGUUCCUUCGAAGUGGCGAUGUGGUUCUUAUGGCUGGAGAUGCAAGGGAAUGCUUUCAUGGGGUUCCUCGAAUCUUCACAGAUGAAGAAAAUGCUGAAAUAGGCCAUCUCGAGACACGGUUGACGCAUGAAGAUGAUCUCUGUUUCUUAAAAUACAUCCAAACUUCUAGAAUCAACAUUAAUAUCAGACAAGUUUUUUGAGUAGUCUUUUCUUUCAAAGAGAAAAAUUGUUGUAUCAGGUCAUGAAACAAAAUAUGAUUUAUUAGUUAUAUUUUAAGGGAUUGUUGCUUCGUAUCAAUUUUAGUCUUGUCCACCAAA